AGAAGUAUCACUGAAAGAGUAGUAAAGUUUUGCGCAGGAAAAUGAAGCUGAAAGAGUUAGAAGGUCACCUUGGUUCUCUUGACCAAUUCCCUCAACCAAAGAUUGAGCUUGAACAAUACCCAACUGGACCUCACAUCGCUUCUCGUAUGCUUUUCACUGCUGAGAAUUCUUUUGAUGAUGUGAGCAACAAAGUAGUAGCUGACUUUGGAUGUGGUUGUGGUACUUUAGGCAUUGCAGCUGCCCUUUUGAGUGCAGAACAUGUUCUCAGCAUUGACAUUGAUCCAGAAUCUCUUGAAAUAGCAUCUCUUAAUGCUGAGGAACUUGAGCUGGACAUGGAUUUUAUUCAAUCUAAUAUCAUGGACUUGAGAUGGAGAGGUCCAAUUGUUGAUACAGUUAUUAUGAAUCCUCCAUUUGGAACUCGGAAAAAGGGUGCAGAUUUGGAUUUUCUUUCUGUUGCUAUGAAGGUUGCUUCUCAAGCUGUUUAUUCUUUGCAUAAGACUUCAACAAGAGAUCAUGUGAAACGUGCAGCCUUGAGGGAUUUCAAUGCUAGAAGUGCUGAAGUUAUCUGUGAGCUUCGGUUUGAUGUACCGAAAUUGUACAAAUUUCAUAAGAAGAAAGAGGUAGAUAUUGCUGUUGAUCUCUGGCGUUUUGUACCUGCAAGUCAUCAAAGCAGAGGCAUUUAGCGUAGACAGAAUUUGUGCGAUAACACAAUAAAUUAUGAUGAUAAGAUUGAAAAUUAAAUAUGAAGUUUUGUCAUGAGCUCUUGUCAGACCAAGGGUGAUUCCUCUUUUGUAAUUGUGCUCAACUUAUGAAUUAAAUCGUUUUUUCAUGAGAAUAUCUUAAAUUGGUAAAAAUAUUUACUCUAGUUAAUUAUCACCAAA